GUCAUUGCACGUCAACUUCCCUUUUUUACAGGAUAAAUUGAAAAGAACGACCAUUUAGGAGAUAAACAAAUUGAUUGAUCUGAUCUUCUCUCAUAUAAGACGUGCUGAUCAUUACCUGCAACAAGAUGUUGUUGUCAGUGGUUUUAUUUUUCUGUCUGCUCUCUCUGAAACCAGCGGCUACUGAAGUGGGUCUUGGUGGUAAAGUGCUUCUGUUUCCAACCAAGACUGCUUCAAGCUAUGUUAAACUCACUCCUGAAAAGCCACUGAAUCUGACAGCGUUUACUCUCUGCAUGCGUGUCGCGACGGAGCUCCAGCGGCAGAUCAUUCUGUUCACCUACCGCACACCCAACCACGAUGAACUCAACUUGUGGAGAAUGAAAGAUGGCCGGUUGACCUUGUAUCUUCAGACUAGUAGUUCUGGACCACUUUUCCGUCUGCCUCCUCUCUCCACCUUUCACACUCACCUGUGCGUCACCUGGGACUCUGCGACUGGUCUCUCUGCCCUUUGGGUGGACGGACGGCGCAGUGUGUACCAGCUCUAUAGAAAAGGUCACUUAGUUCGUCCUGGCGGCACCGUCCUGCUCGGCCAAGACUGUGAUAAAUAUAUGGGUGCCUUUGAUGCAGAGCAGAGCUUUGUAGGUGAAAUUUCAGAUGUGAACAUGUGGGAUCAUGUUCUCUCUGGCAGUGAGAUUAAGGCGGUUUAUUCAAACCAGGAACCAUAUGUGCCGAAGGGAAACGUGUUCAAUUGGAACACCAUCAAAUAUGAGAUUAUUGACAAUGUUCAAGUGGUGCAAGAUAAAUGAUUCUCAUCAGCUGUAAUGUUACACAGUUGUAUCAGUCUCUAUAAUCUGUUUUUCUGUUUUAAUGACUUGCAAAGCUGUAAGGGCUAACAAAUA